AUGCCACCUAAGAAGGAUGCGUUUUCUGACCUCUUUCUGUCAGCCGUGACUGGCAGGAAGCUGAACAACUUAUCAAUGGCAGAGAGACAGAAGCAACAACUGCAACCACUGCAAAAGCCGCUACAAACGUCUCUGCUUCUGCUGCUACAGAACCCCAAAUCCGACAGCUGGUCCAAUCUAGACUUCUUGUCUAAUCCUUCUUCAGGAAGAGCCACUCCUUCCCAUAUUGUGCAGAACGAUGUUUUGACACCCACUCAAAGCACCAACUCUGGACCCUCAAAGUCUGCAUCAGCCGUAUCAUCGACCAGUUCUUUACCAUAUAAUGAUGAUCCAUUUGCAAUUUUUGAUACACCAGCCAAGCCUGCUGGCAACACAAACGUUGGAGGCUCGUUGUUGGAUGAUGAAUUCACAGAUGUGUUCCCAGAACAGCACAAACCUCAGCCAAGGGCCAAGAGCAACCCCCCUCGUGAAGUUGAAUACCAACAAGAAGCUGGUUAUUCUCAAACCCCUCUGAGACCAGCAUCGAGACAAUCACAGACUUCUAGAACCGAUUCUGUGGUAGCGGAAUUGGUCGACAUAGGUUUCAGUAUAGAAGACGCCAACAUAGCAAUCCAGAAAAAGGGUCCCAAUCUUCAAGAAUGCGUAAACUAUAUCAUGAACAAAAAUACUGACGCCAGUACUCCAAGACCUGAAAGGCCUAGAUCUCUGAACAAGGGUGAAGGAAUCAACUUCAACGGAAUUGGACAAGAUCUUUUCAAGACUGCCAAUACUUUCUUCAACAAAUCAAAAAAGACUGUGAUGAAGAACUUAGAACAAUUGCAGAUCCAGGGCAACAACAGUGGCAGCUCUUCAAACUUGCCUGAAUGGAUGAAGAAUCAAGAGAAGUACAAAUCCGAUGCAGUUGAGAAAAAAUACAGUGAAGCAGACUUAGAUUAUGGUUCGGACUCGGAAAAUCUCAAUCGUGAAGAAAUCGAAAGAUUUAUGAAACUUCAAAGAGAAAAGGAUAAGGAAAAGGCCAAGAAGAGAUACGAUGGCUUGAAAGACGCAGCACUCAACAAAAUACGUGGUAAACAAGACAGUGACCAUUCAAGAAGAGAACUGUUCGAUCAGCCACCCAGCAGGCCAGCAAGGCCACUUCCUGAAAGGCGUGGUACUUCUGAACCCCUUAAGCGGACUCCUCCAAAAGCUCCUGAGCCACCAGCUGAGUCCUUGGACAUAUUUGGAACUGAUACUGGUAGUACUUCGUUGAAGUCUUCGCUCAGGGACUCUUCUCCAUUGAAUCAAUUUGAUGAAAGUGAUUACAACACUUCAAAAGCAACGGCACAGGAAGCAUACAGAACUGGUGAUUACACUGGAGCACUUGAGGCAUAUCUCAUCUGUUUGAAUAAACUUCCUUCCAACCAUGAAAACAGAGUGAUUAUAUUCUCAAACUUGGGCAUGGUUAACAAACAGGUUGGACACUUGAAGCAGAGUCUAGAGAAUGUUGACAGCGGGUUGUCAUUGAUUGGAGAAUCUGAAAUACAUAAUAGUGGAUUUAGUAUUGCCCAAAAACCAGUAAAGUAUUGGUACACUAAAUUAAUAACGACAAAAGCCGAAGUUCUUGAACUACUGGAAAAGUAUGAGGCAAGUUUGAAGUUUUAUUCCAUUUUGAUCAAGGAACUCGGAGUGGUGGACAAGAAGGUUAUGGAUGGUAAAAGAAGGGUUGACAAGAUUGUUAAUCCAGAAAAUUAUAAGGCCAAACCUGCUCCAUCAAAGCCUGCAGCUCCCAAAGCAGCUCCAAAACCUGUGGAUAAGGCUACCUCUGCUCCCAAGCCCAGCGUCGAUGAAGUUGACCCAUUGGUACAGGAUAGAAUCAAUGGUAGGGUUCAAACGUGGGCGCAGCCAAAGCAAGGCAACUUGAGAUCAUUGUUGACCAAUUUGGACGAAGUGAUUCCUCCAAACAUUAACAUGAAGCCUGCGUUAAGAAAAUUGACUACAAACGAAUUGAUGCUUCCAAAACAGGUCAAAAUCCAAUACAUGAAAGUUAUCAGCUCAAUUCACCCCGAUAAGCUUGCCUCCCAGUGUAAGGACGACAAGGAGUCUGAAUUGGUCUGCAAGGGGGUGUUCAUAACCUUGAACGAGGCCUGGGAAGUGUUCAAAACGGAAAACUCCUUAUAG